CCUCACAGUCUCACUCAGCCAGGGUAGUUGAGCUGAAAGGACCGCGUCCAGCACCUCUCGACACCAUGGGACUCACACACGACCCAACCUUCCAGAAACUGGAGAAAUGGUACCAUGAACAUGCUCCGCACCUCAACAUGAGGAAGAUGUUUGAGGAAGACAAGGAGAGAUUCCACAAAUUCAGCACAACACUGAAGACUGAUCAUGGAGACAUUCUAAUUGAUUACUCUAAGAAUCUCAUCACUGAGGAUGUCAUGAAGAUGUUGGUCGAACUGGGCAAGUCGAGGGGGAUUGAGGCCGCCAGGGACAAGAUGUUCCAUGGGGACAAGAUCAACUUCACUGAGGGCCGUGCCGUGCUCCACGUGGCUCUGAGGAACCGCUCCAACCAUCCCAUCAUGGUUGACGGACAUGAUGUGAUGCCUGAGGUCAACAAAGUCCUGGAGAAGAUGAAGGGCUUCUGCCACAAAGUUCGCAGUGGCGAGUGGAAGGGCUGGACUGGAAAGUCCAUCACAGACGUUGUCAAUGUCGGCAUUGGUGGAUCUGACCUAGGUCCUCUAAUGGUGACUGAGGCUCUGAAGAACUACUCCAAGGGAGGUCCCCGUGUGCAUUUUGUCUCCAACAUUGACGGCACACACAUCGCCAAAACCCUGGCUGAGCUCAAUGCUGAAACCACCCUCUUCAUCGUGGCCUCCAAGACUUUCACCACCCAAGAGACCAUCACCAACGCAGAGUCUGCCAAGGAAUGGUUCAUUGAGCACGCUAAAGAUAAAUCUGCUGUUGCCAAGCACUUCGUGGCGCUCUCCACUGCCGGCCCCUUAGUGAAGGACUUUGGCAUUGAUCCUGACAACAUGUUUGGCUUCUGGGAUUGGGUUGGUGGACGUUAUUCCUUGUGGUCUUGCAUUGGAUUGUCCAUUGCUCUGCACAUCGGCUAUGACAACUUUGAGAAGCUUCUUGAAGGGGCUCACUGGAUGGACAACCAUUUCAAAACAGCCCCUGUGGAGAAGAACGCUCCCAUGCUCCUGGCUAUGCUGGGUGUCUGGUACAUCAACUUCUUCCAGGCCGAGACCCACGCCAUGCUGCCUUAUGACCAGUACAUGCACCGCUUCGCUGCCUACUUCCAGCAGGGUGACAUGGAGUCCAAUGGAAAGUACAUCACUAUCCAUGGCAAACGUGUCAACUACCAUACCGGCCCCAUUGUAUGGGGAGAGCCUGGCACCAACGGACAGCACGCCUUCUACCAGCUCAUUCACCAAGGAACUCGCAUGGUCCCCGCUGACUUCCUCAUCCCUGCCCAGACACAACACCCCAUCAGGGAAAGUAAGCACCAUAAGAUCCUGAUGGCCAACUUCCUGGCCCAGACUGAGGCUCUGAUGAAAGGAAAGACCACAGAGGAGGCUAGGAAGGAACUGGAGGCCGGCGGCCUGACAGGAGAGGCCCUGGAAACCAUUCUGCCACACAAAGUAUUCCAAGGAAACAAGCCAACUAACUCUAUUGUCUUCAAGAAGCUGAACCCAUUCACACUGGGAGCACUUAUUGCCAUGUAUGAACACAAGAUCUUUGUCCAGGGUGUUAUGUGGGAGAUCAACAGUUUUGACCAGUGGGGAGUUGAGCUGGGUAAGGCUCUGUGUAAGAAGAUCGAGCCUGAGCUGCAUGGCUCCAACGAGGUUCACUCUCACGACUCCUCCACCAAUGGGCUCAUUAACUUUAUCAAGAAGAACCACGCCUAACCUGCCCACCACCAUCAUCCAUCCUCCCUGUCCUGUCCCCCUGCUGAUGGGGGUGUCUGGGCUGUAGUGAAGAUAGACUCGCUGAAGCAUCUGUCACCUCCACACAGAGGAGCAGAAGCACUUUCUAUGUCUGUAAUCAUCUGUCUGUGUCCUGUAUGUUUGUUGUGCCAUCGGACUGUAUUUUACGUACCGUUGUAUGUUGAUGAGUUUACCACUGUAAAGGGGAACGCUACUGUAGAGUAAGCCUGUGGAAGGGUGUGUAAACUAUAUCCCAGACUAUCCCACUCCAUUGAUGGGGAGUGUGGCUGUUAAUAAACAUCUUUACACCAA